AUGCGAGUAUCUGUUAUUCAGGAUCUCGGGGAAGACGAAAAUGAGGAUGGAGAAGAAGAAAAGGUCUUCUUCAAGCCUGUUAUUGAGGACAGAAAUAUGGAACUGGCCCGAAAAUGCAGUGAAAUAAUAAGUGAUAUACACUAUAAAGAAGAGUUUAAAAAAUCUAAAGGCAAGUGCACAUUUGUACCUGACACCCCACAACUAAAGCAUGUGAAAAGUCUUGGUGCUUUUAUUUCUGAGGUGAAGUAUAAAGGAGCUGCUAAGAAAGACCUUUCCAACUCUCUUUAUCAGCAGAUGCCAGCCACAAUUGACAGUGUGUUUGCAAAAGAAUUAACACAACUUCAGAGCAAGGUUCUCUAUAAACGAAAACGUGAUGCUGAGAAAGGAACUUCAGAUUAUGCACAUAUGAAGGAGCCUCCAGAUAUUAAGCAUGCUAUGGAAGUCAGUAAACACCAGAGUGAUGUGUCCUACAAGAAGGAUGUACAAGAUACUCAUAGAUACACUGAAGUGCUCAAUAGGCCAGACAUAAAGAUAGCAACGGAGAUAACUAAGAUAAUAAGUGAUGCUGAGUACAAGAAAGGAAGAGGACAGAUGAGUAAGGAGCCAGCUGUGCUUGGAAGACCAGAUUUUGAACAUGCCAAAGGAGUUUCAAAACUGUUAAGCCAAGUGAGAUACAAAGAGCAGUUCAACAAGGAAAUGAAGAGCCACCAAUACAAUCCUCUUGACUGUGCUUCCUUCAAGCAAGCACAGAUUGCAUCCACCUUGGCAAGUGAUGUGAACUACAAGAAAGAUUUGGAAAGCCUACAUGAUCCAGCCUCUGAUCUACCAAAUCUCCUAUAUUUAAACCAUGCUUUAAAUAUCAGCAAAACACAUAGUGAUUGUGAAUAUAAGAAAUCAUUUAAGCAAAGCAAGGGCUUCUAUCAUUUCACGCCAGAUACAGCUGAACAAAUCCAUCACAAAGAAAAUGCUGUGCUUCAAAGUCAGGUCAAGUACAAAGAGAAUUAUGAAAAAUGUAAAGGCAGAUCAAUGCUGGAGUUUGUGGAUACACCAAUAUAUCAGGUUUCAAAGGAGGCUCAAAAGAUGCAAAGUGAGAAAAUGUAUCGCAAAGAUUUUGAAGAAGGGAUCAAGGGAAGACCCUCAAUGGAUUUAGACAAGACUCCAGAGUUUUUGCAUAUAAAACAAGUCACUAACUUUCUGAAAGAGAAAGAAUAUAGAAAAGAUCUGGAAGAAGGGAUGAAAGGAAAAGGAAUGACAGUGUUUGAAGAUACACCAGAUUUGAUUAGAGUGAAAAAUGCGGCUCAGAUACUAAAUGAGAAACAAUACAAGAAGGACCUGGAAACUGAAAUUAAAGGGAAAGGCAUGCAAGUUGGUCCAGAUACUCCUGAGAUAAGACGAGCCAAGAAAGCUUCUGAAAUUGCAAGCAUGAAAGAAUACAAGAAAGACUUGGAGAAUGAAAUUAAAGGAAAGGGAAUGGAGGUGGGCAUGGAUACGCCUGAUAUACAACGAGCCAAAAAAGCUUCUGAAAUUGUAAGCCAGAAAGAAUAUAAAAAGGAUCUGGAGACUGAAAUUAUAGGAAAAGGGAUGCAAGUUGGCCCAUAUACCCCUGAAAUACGACGAGUGAAAAGAGCUUCAGAAAUAGCAAGCCAG